UAGAUAUGUGACCAUAAUAAUAAUGUAUCUAUAUGAGUUUCAUGUUUUUUGCCAUAAUAAAUAAUUAGAAUUAAAUGUUGAUGUAAUAUAUGUUUGGCUAUUAAUGUUGCAUUGCAUUUUCUCUUUAUAUUUAAUAAUAAUAUCCUCUUCUUCUUUGUUGUAAACUCCUCUACUCCUCAAUUAACAAGAAACAAAUUAAUUGAGAAUUAUGGGCCUCUCAAACUUUCCCUAUGCAGCAGAAGGUGUUGUACCUGUGAUUGUAAUGAACACUGUUCUAUCUAUGGUUCUAUUAAAGAACAUGUUUAGAUCUAUGCUUCAAGUAGUUGGUUGCACAUCAACAACUAAUUCUUCUUAUUCUCCAAAUAUUAUGGAAGAAUUAGAAGAAGAACAAGUGUACUCCCAAGAGAUUAGUAAUUCAAGGGAAAGGAGGGUGUCAAUAACACAAUACAAGUUCUUGUGUUAUAACAGGUCCAACAUAGCAAGAAGUAGUAGUUCAUGUGGAUGGACAAGUCCUAUGGUAGAGUGUUGUGUUUGUUUGUCUGGUUUUGAAGCAAAUCAAGAGGUGAGUGAGUUGCCUUGCAAGCAUUUCUUCCACAGAGGUUGCUUAGAUAAAUGGUUUGAUAACAAACAUAGUUCAUGUCCUUUAUGUCGUUCUAUGGACUAAUGUCUAGUUGUUAGUUUGAGGCUAAUUAGAGUUAAUUGUUAUUAAUUUGUUGUAGUGUUGAAGAAAUUAUAAAUGCUUGUUAUUAUUUGUUAGUUCUGUGAAU